AAUCAUGAGAGCUUUCCUUACUUUGUCCACCUCUGCAGCUGUCAUUCUCCUGAUAAUUCGUGGAGGUUUGUGUGUGGAUAUUAUUGGAGGACAUGAAGUAAAACCACACUCAAGGCCAUUUAUGGCCCUAAUCCUUGGAGCAAAUGAAGAAACUAUUUGUGGAGGAGCUUUGAUCAAGGAAAACUGGGUGUUAACAGCUGCCCACUGUGAUGUGGAAGAAGCCCAAGUUGUUCUUGGAGCUCACUCACAGAGAGCAAAAGAAAAAGAAAAACAACGUUUUCGGAUUUCAAAACAAAUUCGCUACCCAGGCUACAAUUCCAAGAGUAAGGAAAGAGACCUUAUGCUGCUGCAGCUUCACAAAAGAGCAAGACUUACUAAAGCUGUGCAAAUCAUUCCCUUGCCUACCUCAGAUGACGAUCCCAAACCAGGAACAACUUGCACAGUAGCAGGGUGGGGAAAAACCCAGAAUGGGAUAAGAAAGGCUUCUGAUACCCUGAGGGAGGUCAAUAUCACUGUCAUCAACAGGAAAAUCUGCAAUGACAACUGUCAUUACGGACCCAACACUGUUAUAACAGAAAACAUGAUAUGCGCAGGGGAUAAAAAUGGAGGAAAGGACUCAUGUUAUGGCGAUUCUGGUGGGCCUUUAAGAUGCAAUAAUGUGAUGAGAGGCAUCACUGCUUUUGGGAAGAAAGGCAAGUGUGGUACUGUUGAUGGCCCUGGUGUCUACACUCGACUCACAAAGAAAUACCUUCUGUGGAUAAGGAAAACCAUAGGGUCAGCCUAA